AUGACUGUUGAAGGAAAGCCGCUGACCUCGUUGCAGGGCGUCAUCUUGACCACCGCGCCCUUUCUCUUCCUCUGGAGCACACUCCGCGGCCACGUCGAACGCCAUGGCGCCUUUGCCGUCGCUCGAACUCUGAUCCGCCUCAACAGUCAGAUCUACGUCCUUUUCUCCCUCGCUCUCACCUUGCUUGAUCCUCAACGACGUGUGGCAGACCCUUCGAUCGGCUCCUAUGUGGCAUUCCACCAUCUUACCACCCCCUUUUUGACUUACUUCCGAGUCCUGAAUGCGGUAGACUGGCAACUGUUCGCCUUCCUGAAUUGCUUCCACCAUUUCUUCAUGUAUGCCUACUUUGGCGGAGUGUCUGUUUUCAGGCCCAUCCUGCCACUGACUGGCUGGCUGCGACUUGGUGCCGCAAUCAGCCUCGACGCCUAA